AUGUCUUCAUUAAAAGUUAUAAAGAAUCGUAUAAAAUCCGUGGAGAACACAAGAAAAAUUUCUAAAACAAUGAGAUUGGUGUCAGCAGCAAAAUAUGCAAAGGCAGAACGUGAAUUAUUAACCUCCAGACCAUUUGGCAACAGUCCCCAGUAUUUUAUCGAGACCGUUGGUCUCACUUUGGACCCUAAACCAGACUCCAGGUUGGUCCUAGCCGUCACUGGAGACCGAGGACUAUGUGGAGCCAUUCAUUCGGGUGUUGCGAGGGCAGUUCACAUGUCAAUUGAGUCCUUAAAAGUGGACACGAACCCGCUGACCAAGUUAAUCUGCAUUGGCGAAAAGUCUAGGGUUAUUUUAUCCCGAGUUUACGCCAAAAAAAUCCUCUGGAUAGCCUCGGAAAUCGGAAAAAAACCCUCGACGUUCAUUGAUGCAAGCCGAAUAGCCCAGAUGAUACUGAAGUCUAUGGCGGAUUACCAAUUCUCGCAGAUACAAGUUUAUUAUAACAAAUUGAUCAGUCCAAGUGUAUAUACAGUCUCUACGUUGAACCUCUUUGAUCGUUCAGCAAUUGCAUCGGCCCCAAAAAUUGCUCUUUAUGACGCCCUAGAUGACAAUAUCGUGGACUGUUGGAUCGAAUUUUCAAUAGCAGCAAUGAUAUAUCUCGUCUUGAAGGAGGGAUCAGUGGCUGAGCAGGCAGCACGCAUGACAGCAAUGGAGAAUGCAUCUAAAAAUGCAUCCGAAAUGAUAAAACAACUGCAGUUGGAGUACAAUAGAACGAGACAGGCUGUUAUCACUGGAGAACUCAUUGAAAUUAUUUCCGGGGCCAGUGCCAUUUAAUAAAUUUAUUAAAAUAGUUAUCCUCUCUCUCUCACGUAUGAAAGGAUAGUACAUGGCCCUCAAUCAAUAAUUAUUUAGCUAAUGCACUCACUGUUGAAUCAAUUGAUUAAUCAUUAUUAAUUUCGUUAUUGAAUAAACAUUGAAUUGUCGACUAAAAAUGAAAAAGGUUUCAUGUUUUGCACAUGAUGUUUUUGUGUUCCGGAAGAACGGAUUUUUAUUAGACAAUUUAUGACAACUGAUCAAUAAUUAUUGCUCGAGACUUGAUUAUUUUUAUGACAACAUUGUAAGACACAUGUAUUUCUUAAAGCUCUCGCGUAAUUAUAUAAAAAUUGCUAAUUGAAGUUGGUUUUUUUCUCAACGAAUUACUGGGAUUAGUAUUCAAUUUUCCAUUAGUUUUUUUUUUGGCUUAAUGUCUUCUUUUAUAUUUCUAGAAAUUAUUUACAGUAAUGCAGUUUAGGCACCAAUAAUCCCGCUGCUUACAUAGAUAUUUGGCCUUGUUUUUCCUUGAAUCGAUCAAGGCUCGACACUGUUUGAGAACAUCCGGGAGGUGUCCGGUGAAUGGAGUUGCACUUAGUUGUAGUGGUAAAAAGUUGGAAAUUUUUGAAAGACCAAUUCUGUGAAUGUAAAACUUAGAGAAGAACAGAACCCCCUUAUCUAUACGAAUUAUUGAAACUGUGGUGUCUCUUAAAAUUAUUAAUUUGUAUUUAUAGAAUAAUUUUAUGGGCUCAAUCAUUGCAUCAUCAAGACAUUUAAGUAUUUUGACAAUUAAAUAAUAGAAAAUACUGUUCUAAUAAUUGAUAUAGAUACCAGAAGUUCCCUUUCCUCUUGAUAUAUUGAGUUUUUAUGAAUUUUAUGGAGAAAUAUCAGAAAGA